UUGGUUGGGGUUGUCCGGGUUUUUGAUAUAUGCCAGAUAAUGCGGAAUCGCGAUAAUUUAGAAAUUGUCGUCUGUUGAAAUGAAGGUAUGAUGGAUGUCAUCAAAACUGAAGCUAUCAGCCCAUAACAACGUAGCUGAGUAUCAGCGGGAGGUGAAGUUGCCGUCCGUCGGCGGCGCCGUCUGUGGACAGAGCAGAGCGGGGCGGACGCGUAAGGGCGCACGGCCAUGGGCUCGGAGCACAGCACGGCCGGCGCCGGCCGAGCGGAGCGGGAGCGGGAGCGGGCGCGCCCGGCGGGCACGCCCGUCUCGCCGCAGAACAGCGUCUGCUCCGACGCCGAGGUGCCGUACGUCUCGUACACGCAGAACCUGCCCAUCGGCGACGCUGACUCGCCGCGGCCGGGCGGCCGCCGGCUGCGCCCCGGUCGGCCGGGCCGCUCCAAACAGGCCCCGCUGCUGCCCAAGGAGAUCGUAGUGGUGAAGGCGGCCGAGGCGGCGUCCGCCGCCGGCUCCGACGAGGACCCCGACCUGCGCCGCCUCAGGCUGAUCCCGCACUUCCUGCCGGUGAUGAGGGGCGCCCUGACACUGCCGGGCUCGCGCGACCCGGACGUGCUGGACCGGCUCGACUCGGCCGCCGUCCGCCAGAUGGCCGGCCGACUGCAGCGCCACCUGGCCACCAGCGCCGAGCGCACCGCCGCCCGCCAGGCCGAGGUCACCGCCAAGGUCGCCCAGAAGGUGGGCGAGGUGUCGCACGCCGUGCAGCGCUGCCACCUGCUGCUCGACGACACCGUGCGACAGCUGCGCGAGCUCAACCAGCAGCUGCCCGAGGAGCAGCGGCUGCAGCCGCUCGCCCUGGCCUCCGACUGA